AUUUUAUAAGGAUGGACAGUCUAUAUUGGUUGGGCUGAACCACCAGUUAUGACUUGAGAUUAUUAACUGAGUUGAGUGGGAGCCUCCAUCCAAAUGUCUCACAAACUUACAAUCGAGUGAGCAAGGUUGUGUUUGUGACACCCUGUCAACCCCUUUCGUGCCGCUUCUGAGGCUGAUGGGAGGUAGGUUCUAAGCUAAGGCCCUAAUACUGAAAAUUAGUAACAGCAUCUAUAUUCUACCAUAACUGAAGAUAGGCCUAGCCAACUUGGCUCUCUGUGGAUGACAGAAAUCCAACUGUGACAAACACCUUAACACAUGAACCACAAACUCAGAUUUUUCAACCAAAAAAAAUAUCCAGAAUGAAUGGCCCACUUCUAAAACAAGCAUCCAACAAUCUCUUUGAAACAACAUGAAAAUGACAAAAACACAAGCCCAUUUCAUAUAAAACUUCCUCAAUCACCCAAACUCCUUCAGUAGCAACUGAUCUUUUCUGCGAUUCAGAAGAAAAUGGCAGCACUCACUUCAAUUACCCCCAACCCAGCUUCAUCCUCUUCAGUAUACUCCAAUUUCAGGACCUCUCCAUUGACUCUCUCUUCCCAGAUUACUGCAGACUGUUCUUGCCUUUUGAGUGUAAGAUUAGGUCUAGCAUCAAAGCAAAGACUGGCUUCCCGGAAUCGGCGGUGCCUAAUUAUCCGAAGUGCAGCAACAAAGCCUGCAAAAUCACCAGCUGAAGAAGACUGGAAGGUCAAGAGGGAACUUCUCUUGGAAAAAAGGGUAAGAAGUGUGGAUGCAAAGGAAGCUUUUCGCCUUCAAAAAGAGAAUAACUUUGUGAUUCUCGAUGUACGUCCUGAAGCAGAAUUUAAAGAGGCUCAUCCAGCAGGGGCUGUUAAUAUUCAGAUAUAUAGGCUUAUAAAGGAGUGGACGGCAUGGGAUAUCGCCAGGCGUGCAGCAUUUGCAUUUUUUGGCAUAUUUUCCGGCACAGAAGAGAACCCUGAGUUUAUGCAAAGUGUAGAAUCAAAUUUUGGCAAGGACGCAAAGAUAAUCGUGGCAUGCACAACUGGGGGUACAAUGAAGCCAUCCCAAAAUCUACCUGAAGGUCAACAAUCCAGAUCACUCAUAGCGGCUUUCUUGCUUGUGCUCAAUGGGUACAAAAAUGUUUUCCAUUUAGAAGGGGGUCUUUAUACAUGGUUCAAAGAAGGACUGCCAUCAGAAUCUGAAGAAUGAUAUCAAAUGAUUAGAUGGUGCUUCCAUUGAAGCUCAAGUUUUGUCCUUAAGAAUGAUUUCUACCCUUUUCCUUUAGGUUUUGAAUGUGAUCUCUUUUAGGCAUUUUAAUCCUACUAAGAAUAUUGUAUCACCUUAAGUUAUGUAUGAUUUUUUUUUUCUGUUAAAUGUGAAAAAUUGAAUGUAUAAGUGGUAACACCGAAGGUUUGCAACUAGUGGCAACAGCCAAAUCAUCAAAUUUAAAGUGAUUCACAAAGACCUGUCAAUAA